UACCGGCAAGUGUUCUCGCAGAAAGACGUGCAUUUCCACCACCUGUAAAAGAGCUGAGAGAUUUCAUUUGGGUCUAAUUCGCAAGAGGCACAUAUUACCACAGCCUCUGCAAUUCCCAGCCAUUCACUCUGGUGUGUCCGCUGCUGUUGCUACAACAUCUCAUUCGCGCACUCCCAGAAGAUAAACUUCAGAGGUGUUCUCUGAAAGUGAAAGACAUUCCCAGCAUCAAUUGAAAGUGUUCUUGUUUUCCAUUUAAAAUUCUUUUAAAGAAAAGAAACUCUUCUUUUUUUUAUUAAAUAAAAUUAAAUUAUUUCGACAAUCAAAAUUAAGUGUAGCGUGACGAGAUUGUGCCAAUAGUAAUUUUUUUUUGGAUGAGUUUCUUGUGAUUUUCACAAGAAAAAAAACGAGUCAUUAGUGCGUCCAGGAGGGAUUUUAUUGCACCACGGAUUUUUUCGAGUAUCACACGCACAAAAAAAUAUAUAGAGUGAAGAAAGCUCCAACACACACUACUGGUGAAACUCUCGAGAUAAAAUAAUUCAUGAAAGAAACAAGCAACUGAAAAGGUGUGGAAAGAUUAGUGAAAAUGCAUAAGUUUUGAAUUUCAUUUCUGCAACUUCCUGAAAUUCAUUCAACCAUUUGUGUGGUACUUUUUUUUCUGGAAUUCCGACCGUGAGAUUUUCAUUCUUUUCUCUGGGUGACAAACAUUUCAUCCACAAUGUUUCCGUCGCCCCGUGGAGGAAUGCGAUCUUCUAUGUACCUGCUACUAGUCAGCGUUCUGUGCGCCCUUAUUCACACGACCGGAAGUACAGCCGGUAAUCGUGUAGUGUGCUACUAUACAAAUUGGUCAGUGUAUCGUCCGUCGACGGCAAAGUUCAAUCCACAGAACAUCAAUCCAUAUCUCUGUACACAUUUGAUCUACGCCUUCGGCGGCUUCACCAAAGAUAACGCCCUUAAGCCCUUCGACAAGUACCAAGACAUCGAACAGGGGGGCUAUGCCAAAUUCACUGGGCUAAAGACUUACAACAAGAAUCUAAAGUGUAUCCUGGCCAUAGGUGGUUGGAAUGAGGCCUCGUCUCGUUUCUCGCCACUCGUUGCGAGCCCCGAGCGGAGGCAGCAAUUUGUGAGGAAUACCAUUAAAUUCCUCCGGCAGAAUCACUUUGAUGGCUUGGAUCUCGAUUGGGAAUAUCCAGCUUUCCGAGAUGGUGGCAAACCACGGGAUCGUGAUAAUUAUGCGCAAUUUGUGCAGGAGAUGCGUGAGGAAUUUGAUCGGGAAUCUAAGAAGACUGGACGACCGCGACUCUUGCUCACAAUGGCUGUUCCAGCGGGUACGGAAUACAUUGAGAAGGGUUACGAUAUCCCAAGGCUCAACAGAUAUCUCGAUUGGUUCAAUCUUCUAACUUACGACUACCACAGUGCUUUUGAACCAGCAGUUAAUCACCAUUCUCCAUUGUAUUCUCUACAAGAAGACGAUGAGUACAACUUCGAGGCUGAACUCAAUAUUGACUACACGAUAAAGUUCUACCUCAAUCAAGGAGCUGAUAGGGAUAAAUUGGUUGUGGGAAUUCCAACGUAUGGACGGUCCUAUACUCUCUUCAAUCCCGAUGCAACUGAUAUUGGUUCCCCAUCCGACGGUCCUGGCGCUCAGGGUGAUGCAACACGAGAGAAGGGUUAUCUGUCCUACUAUGAGAUCUGCCAGAUGAUUAAAGAUGAUCCAGACUGGACAGUAAUUCAUCCCAAUGAUAAGGCAAUGGGUCCAUAUGCAUUUAAAGGCAAUCAAUGGGUCGGCUAUGACGAUGAAUCUAUUGCUCGUCGAAAAGCUGAGUAUGUUGUGUCAAAUGGACUAGGAGGAAUAAUGUUCUGGUCUAUAGACAACGAUGACUUCCGUGGAAGUUGUACUGGAAAACCCUAUCCGAUCAUUGAAGCAGCUAAAGAAGCACUAUACGUUAGUUUAGGCUCCAGCGACAAUGACGUAAUAACGCAAACUCACAAGAAAACUACAAAUCGCCCACGUAAUCGCCCGGCACAUAGGAAUCGCAUUGCUGAGGAGGAUGAUCGCAAUGUAAUUAUACGAACAACAAACCGACGUAAACCAGGUCACCGGAAGAGGACUAGUACGACAACCACAACGACAACGACAACCACCACCACACCAGAACCUAUUCAGGAAUAUUCUUUGAUGCGAACUAGCACAACGCCUGCACCUCCAACCACUCCAGACCCAGGAAGUGACUUCAAGUGUGAAGACGAAGGAUUUUUCCCACAUCCACGGGACUGUAAAAAAUAUUUCUGGUGCUUGGACAGUGGACCAUCACAGUUGGGAAUUGUAGCACAUCAAUUCACUUGCCCUUCAGGGUUGUUCUUCAAUAAGGCUGCUGAUUCAUGUGACUACGCAAGAAAUGUUAUUUGCUCCAAACCUAAAGCUUCAAGUUCUACAAGUUCGUCUUCCACCACCACAACUACAACAUAUGCUCCCCCUUCAUCAACAACUAAGAGGUCACCCAUAACAGCAGCAACAAGCAAGUACACCUUUCUAAGAACUUCCUCAACAACAACAACAACAACUCCAGAACCAGUCUAUGAUGACGAUUACGAAUACGACGAUGAGGAGGUUCAAGAUGAAAGAGGCAAUGCUGAAACAGAUGAUGCAGAAGAUCCCAAAGUGAUCAAAGAAUUGAUUGAUCUGAUAAAGAAAGCAGGUGGUUUAGAUGAAUUGGAGAAGCAAUUGCGCACUCAGAAUGUCGACAGUCCUCAGGAAAGUGUCACAACAACUGCGGCCAGUAUAAGUAAAUCCCUCUACGAUAAGAUCCUAAGCAGGGCAUCAAGCAGUAACCUCGAGUCAUUUAAGAAUCGCUUUAGUGAAAGUGAAAACAAGGUCAGAAGCACGUCUUCUCAGAAGUACACUCCAGUUAUUAGAAAUUCCCGACCUGGCCCACAAAAUGCUGGUGUUGACAAAUUGCCAGAGUUUGAAGGAUUCCUCCGGGAAAAGCCACAAUAUGUUACAAUAAGUCGUCCAAGGGCUACACAGUCUACGGAAGAGUUGGAGAUCACUGGCCUUGAUGAAAGUUACCCAGAAGCACCAAGAACCGAUCCCACCUUCGUAAGGCACACAAUUCCACAACAAACCUACGUCAAUAUUCAGAGGAAUCGUCAUAGAAAUCCCAUCAGUGAUGAUAUUGAAAUAGAGGACGAAGAAGAUGAAAAUGAUGAGAAUAGUUACAGUCAAAGAAUGAGCCCAACUAGUGAGCGGUCAACACCAAACUCUCAGUAUGUUAGCAUUAGGAGGACUUCAACAUCAGUGGCUCCAGAGGAGGUUGAAACGGAAGCACCAUUCAUAAAUGCAAUCAACAGGUACAAAAUCCUGUCGAGGACAGCGGAAACAACGACCUAUAGCGCCCUGGCACCAGAUGUGAACCAAUUGGCGGAGAAGGAAGAAGAAGAGCCCCAGGAGAUCACGAUUCCAACGACAGCGUCAACGAGUACAACAACCUCGGUACCAAGCACUUCUGCAUAUUAUAGCACCCCAAGACAUUUUAACAUUGCAGAAACAGCAACAACAUCGACACAAUUACCCAUAGAUAUAUUCACGACAACUACACAAGAUUACUCGUGGACAGAGGGGGUAACGGCACCGGAAACCAUAUUUAUAAUUCGUAAAACAACAGAAACACCCUUCUCGUCGACUUUCACUCCAUCAACUACUAACCCGGUUGAUUUUCUAACCACUGGCUUUGUAGUUGAGGGUAGCACUUUUGGUAGUAAUGCUUUUGAUCCCGAAACAACUCUGGCCACGGAAGUGCGUGGUGAGAGUGUACCUGCCGAUGAGGAAUACCAGGUAACCCGGAAGCGGGUUGAGGUAAAUGAAGUGAGACGUUUGGAUGAGGAACAUCCAUCGACGUCCACAAUCUCACCACCUAGGAACUUCCUAGGCAUAUCCCAUCGCCGCAUUCGACCAAUAAAGCGUGUUACAUCAACAGAGGGACCCUCUGUGGUGAUUGCAUCUUCAGUGAGCGACUAUGUGACACAAGCGCCGGGUAGUCAGGAGAGAAAGGUGAGUUUCAGACAGCGCGGUAGAUUACGUGGAAAUUCUCCUGUUCCAAAUCCCCAAAUUCAAUCCACAUCAUCACCCGCUGACCAUUAUUCACCUGCACUGUUGUUUUCACAAUCUUCCUCUUCCCCUCCGGAAUAUACGAGAGACUCUUCCACUGAACGUCAGAGAAUCUACCGCGGUAGGCAAAGGUAUAACAUCCGCGGGGAACCAUCAACUGUUGCCCAAGAGAAUUUCCUCGCAAGCGAAAAGACUGCUCCACCGAGAAGAAAUUUCAGGCCAAGAAAUGAAGUGCCAAAUGUACAGAAUGUUGAAAUAUCAACUCCAGGUACUCCAGAUCGUAAGAGAAUCGUUUCACGCAGACGACGUCCUGUAACCACCACUAUCCCGACAACAACGACAACGACAACAACUGAAGCUACAACAACACCAGAAAUCCAAACGCAUAUUCCAUUAGAUCCCAUCAAUCGAUUCCAAAUCUUUCAAUCGGCGAAAGAUUCUCGGAGUCAUGAGGAUUCCCCGAUUGUCCGGGUUGUGGUACAAACAACACCACAGCCACCGGUUGAGGAGGAAUAUGUCUUUGUGACCAAACCUUAUUCUUUCAGAAGUUUUGACGACAACAGUCUUAGUUUUGGUAGCUCAAGAAGGAGCAAAGGAGAUCAAGUGGGGGAGGCUACAAAAACUGGUCCAAGUUACAGAGAUUCGCGGAUAAUUCGUCCUUUUAUUGGGGAACCCCUUGAUCCUCCAAGUGAGGAAUUCACCUCAACGACUGAAGUAUCUUCAACUGAAACAGAAAGUUCGGAGAUAACUUCUGAAUACACUACACCAUCGAGUUCAGAGUAUGCAGAAACAUCAUCUGAGGCUCCUGUAACACGAUUCCCAUCACGAGGUAGAAAUCGUUUUAGCAGUGAGACAAGGAUUUCAAAUAGGAGACGUACAUCAACAGAGAGAAGUUCUGAAAAUGUUUCUUCAACUGAAAAUACACGAUAUGUUGUUCGAAGAAGAAGACCUGUAGUUUCAGCAACUACCCAAGAGGAAGCUACAACAGUUUCACAGAGAAUUCGAAAUAGAAGGCCACCUCAGCGAACAACUGUUGAAAAUGUUGAGGGAAGUUCAAUCAGCUCAACAGAAUCGAUUGCAGCUGUUUCAGAAGAAACUGUUGGAGUAAGGAAUCGAAUUAGAGGCCGAAGGCCUAUUUCUACAGAGAGAAGAGACUCAAUUGAAUCUUCAUAUGUGCCAAUCAAGAGACGUCCUAGUCAAGUUGAAGCUUCGACGCAAAACUCCGAUGAAUCUUUGAAUUUCAGAAGAAAAUUAGUGAGAAAACGCCCAGUGCAAAGAUUAGAAGUGUCUUCUGCUGAGACACCAAGAGUUGAAGUGGAAGUUUCUAGUCAAACUCCCGAAGAAGGUGAUACUUCUGAACGUCAAAGGUAUAGAAAAGUAAUUAGAAGACUGAGACCAAGAACAAGAACCACAUCAACAACCACAACAAAAGCACCAGUAACAACUGAAGAAAGCUACGAAGAAGGAGUCUCCACGACGACACAUGGAGCUUUUCAACAUAUUGAGGCCGACAAUGGUAGAACACACAGUCUCAAAGUUGAAGAAACGCCAGAGGAAGUUAGAGAAGAUGAAGAUGUCACUACAUUAGCUGCGCCAACAACCACAACCUUCCGUCGAGGUAAGGCACAAAAUAUUGAAAAACUCUAUGUGACCAUCAAUCGUGGAGCCUCUGUGGAGUCUACAACAGAAUUAUCCAAUGAAGUAGAAGAUGUUGUAGAGGAAGAAGUCACAAAGAUUGAGAAGGAAGAAGUGAAAUCUACGACUGAAAGGUACACUCCACGUUAUAGGGGCACUUACAGAUCUAGAAGGCCAGUAGUAUUUACAUCAACAGUUCCUGCAGAAUUAACCGUAGCUACUCCCAGACCAUUUAUUCCUCGUCGAUACAGUAGCCGCGUUCCGGAGACAAAGGAGCAGGUAAGUGAAGAAGCUACACCUCGCGUGCGUCCAUUGAAUUUUGCUGGAAGUGCGGGAACACGCUUCCGGAAUACAUAUCGUGCCACAACCACGACCUUAGAAAGUAUUCGUGGAGGGUAUCGAACUGAAGGUCGUGAUGAAUCUCGGUCUGAAAUAGUGGAGAGUGAAGAAGUAACUAAAAGUGAGGAGGUUACUGAAAAGCUUCCUGAGCAGGAAAAUGUGGAGAUUACUCAGGAAGUGAUAUCUGACGAGGAUAAUAUAGAUCAUGAGGAAAAUUCUGUAGAGCGGACGUCUUCACGUCCAACUUACCAAACAAUUGAUAGAUCCAACGUCCAUCCUGCUUCGAGAAAGUUUGAAACUUCCACACCCACCCUUAGGAAGCCUUCUAGAACAUUCGAUAGACGCUAUCCUGUGGCAAGUAGUACAACGGAGGCCACCACAUCGGAGGCUACCCAGAAUGAGGGUAUCCGUGAACGCACGCGUAAGCUGUUUACAGCAAAAAGUAAAAAGUACAAUACACCAGUAGUUAGUAAUGUAAAUGCAGUAGAUGAGGGAGGUGAUAACGUUGGGGAAGUCACAACAGAUACAUCACAUAACACUGAUAACAGCCCACAAGACACCACGGAAGUUGUAAAUACAAGUACAGUACAGGAUACUGAGACAACAACAACCACAUACACUGAUGAUGAUGAGGAGAGUUUAAUUAAUUCGAACCAAUUACAGGGUGGAACACACAUUUUCCGGCCAGCUUUCAGAAGGAAAACCACAACAACAACCACCACAACCGGCCGCCCAACAACACUCCAUCAUGUGUUUGCCAUUGACUAUGAUGACACCACUACGAGCUCUGGUAGCAGCACCCCGAUUCCAGCAACAAAUGGUACAGAACGAAAGGAAGAAGAGUCUGCCGAGGAGAUUAGUCAACGAUUAGAGAAGCUUGUGGAGGUGAAUCGGAUAGUUGAGAUUUACUCCAAGCAGGAUAAUGUUCGAAUUGAGGGGAAUUCCUCUGAACCGAAGACGCUGCAGAGUACGGAUUUGCGCGUGGAGCAAAUCCCAACGUUAGACAAAUUGGGGGAAGUGAGUCGAUUGACGCUGAUAAAGCUUGUUGAUCACAAUGUGUCCCAUCAUGAGAAUAACACUGAUACACCCAGAGAAGCAAAAUCCCGCCAAAUUCUUUCACCUGAAUACAUUUUUAGCGUUGAAACAUCAACUAUACCCCUAGAGGGGCUCUUCAGGCAAGAAAGUGAGCGUCAAGCCAAGAAUAUCGUUCUCACGGCUGAAGAAGAUGGAAAGAAAUUGAAUAUUGUCUAUGCCACGAGCAUAGGGGGUUCCAAGAGAUCUACUGCCUCACCCUUUACCAGCUAUGGCACAGAAAGUACAACGGAUAAUGAGAUUGAGGCAACGACUGUUCUACCUCUGACGACCACAUUUAAACCGAAUCGUCCUCAGCUGCUGAGGCCAAACUUCCGUCGUCCAACGUAUAAUCCCCGAACCAGGAGCACGGUGACCACGCCAAAAUCCACAGCAACCACAGAGAAGGCAACACUGAGCAGUGCUUCGUCCACAACAGCUCGAACGUUUCUGCUGCGCCGGGGAUCGCGACCCAGCUUGAGUACCCACCAAGUCACGUCAACCACACCAACUCCACCAUCGAGCCCCAAGAGCCCGCCACGGAUUGCGAUCCGACGCAAAUUCGGCGGUACGCGUGGGGAGACGCCCCAACCGCCAGCCACGAAAUCCACCAUUGCGAUUCCAUCGCCAAAAAGCAACGAUCUCGGAACAACCGAGCAAACAGUCUACAAGAGACGCUACACAUUCACAACAAAACCCAAUUUGAGAACAACCACCCCCGCAACGACAACAACUACAUCAACAACGAGCUCAACAGUGUCCACAACAAUUGAUGGGGUUGAUCAGGAGAUUGAACAGAGCAUCAAUCAAGAAAAUAAAUUCUCAAGCAGUCGCUACAAUCAGAUUGGCGAACCCAUCGAUGAAGAAUUUGUUCUGGCGAUAAAGACAAUUUCAAAAGCACCCCCACCGGUUCCCAUUUCAACCCCAAAAGCUGCCAAUUUUAAAGACAUCACACCGGUGAAGCGCUUUGAAUUGUCCACGACACGAAAAAAUAUUUCGCCAACGCCGAGAGUAACACACUCACGACCAAGCACAACGAGAUCUCAACAAAGUCCAAGCAGAAGACCAAAAAUCCCAGAAGCUUUUGAUAAAAUCAUCCCAAGACGAUCACGAGUACAGACUUCUUCAGCGAGAUCCGACUCGGAAUUCAUGAGUAGAACCUACAAGCCAGUCAUUGACUACGAUUACUACGAUGAUGAUGAUGAUAGGAUCAUUGGGAAGUCCAAUUCACAGGUGAAGGUGAUUCUCCACGGCCAUGGGAUAAUCGAAUGUCUGGACCAGGGCAAUUUUCCACAUCCGUUAUCAUGUCGAAAGUUCAUUUCCUGCGCCAAAAUGGAAAAUGGGGGCGUGGUAGGAUGGGAAUAUACGUGUCCGAAAGGCCUCAGCUAUGACCCUGUGGGGGGUAUUUGCAAUUGGGCAGCUGGACUAGGGUGUAAGGAGUAGUCGAAUGCGCGUGCAAUGCCAGCCCCAUCUUCUAAUUUAUUCUGCGACUACAAAAUUUCUCCUCCAAAAGUGCUCUCUCAAUCUCAAAAAAAAAUGAGAAUAUCUCGCAAAUUAAAGCCAUUAUUAUAAAUCUAACGACAAAAUUCAUUUUGUAAGAAAAAAAAAUCUCGACUGAAAUCAUGAUCUUGUGGGAGAAUUCAAAGAUUCACCUAUAAUUUGUUUUGUUAUGUACUUUCGCUAAUAAUCCCUAAUUGUGUAAGAUUAUAGUGUGGCAUUUCUCUAAUUUUUUGUAUAUUUACUGAGAAAAUAAAACUUUUUUGUACAAAAA